UAAUGCCCCUUGAAACACAUCCAGAGCAUGACAUGUUGAAACUGCCAAGAAUUUAGUAUUGUUAUUGUUCUUGUUACCAACGAAAAAAAAAAAUUUGCAUAUUUUUGCAUCUGUCUCAUGCAGCCACACCUUUUAAGAGACACAAAAAAAAGUCUUUUCCAGAAAUAUUUCACAAUAAUAUUUGAGACUGUCAAAUUUGAAAGCUUUUUCCCCUACUGUACAUAUAGAUUUUUAGACUGUCGACAUUGGAAAGCAGGACAUUAGAAUUAAGAAUCUUUAUUUAUCAGUAUACAUAUUAUAUGUGGAGAUGCAACACACACCAAAAUGACCCUCUGCAUCUGUAGUUGAACAUGCAGGAACACACCACACAUGCAGACUGGGAGUAGUCUGCUGCCGUGCUGGGCACCCAGGGAGCAGUAAUAUAAAACCCAGACAAAUAGAAAGGUAAAGAAACGUGUAGAAGACAGGAAAGUGGACAGCAAGAGAGCUGGGUGGGACCAAUAGUGCUGAGUGAGACUGAUCUCUGUUCAUUCUCUUGGCUGGCAGUCAGUGCAUGUGCCCACUAUAGGAUCAUGGUCAGUCAGGAUGGCAGCCUGGGCAGAGCCGGGUGGCGUUUGCCAGUGUGCCAGGGACAGGGGGCAAACCUAUUGAGAAGCAGUGUGAUGGACACAAUGGGUGAGACAGACUUGCUGCAUCAACAGGCUUUUUGCUGCUGUGGCCAGAAAUAAACCAUAAAUACCCCCACCGGCCUCCACCGACCGCUCGCCAGGCCUCCACACCCACACACCAUCACACUGAGACAGACAGAAAAGAGAAAGAAAAGAAAGGAAAGGAAAGACGGAGAGCUUGGCUUGGUACGUGGUGCAGUGAAGCACAAGCCAUCCAGAACUAAAAUGACUGAACAGCAGGGAACCCCAGACCAACUACCUGCAGAGAAGGGCCAAGGAGGGGCUGGAGCCACAUAUAAGUUGGCUGUUUUUGAGUAUGAGAACUUUCGUGGGAAGAAGGUAGAGUUGUCCGGUGAAUGUAAAGAUGUGCUGGAAAAGACACCGAAAGUUGGCUCUGUCAUUGUGGAAUCAGGACCAUGGGUGGGCUUUGAACGAUCAGGUUUUGCUGGAGAACAGUUUGUUUUGGAGAAGGGAGAAUAUCCUCGCUGGAGCACCUGGACCAACGGCCAGAGUGGCUAUAAUUUGAGCUCCUUCAGGCCGCUGAAAGUGGACAGUGCAGAUCAUAAGCUGCACCUGUUUGAAAAAGCAGGCUUUGAAGGGAGAAAGAUGGAAAUUGUUGAUAAUGAUGUCCCCAGUCUGUGGGCUCAUGGUUUUCAGGACCGUGUGGCCAGCGCCAAGGCUGUGAAUGGAACGUGGGUAGGAUACAUGUAUCCAGGCUACAGAGGGCGCCAGUAUGUGUUUGAGCAUGGAGAAUUCAAGCACUGGAACGAUUGGGGAGCCACUGCACCUCAGAUCCAGUCCGUCCGACGUGUGCGAGACAUGCAGUGGCACAAGAAGGGGUGCUACAUUGCCCCUGCCCCUGCCCCUGCCCCUGCUCCUGCCCCUGCCCCUGCCCCUGUCCCUGCCCCUACACCCAAUCCCACUCCCAACCCAAAUCCCACUCCCACUCCCAAUCCUACCCCUGCUCCCAACCCUACUCCAAAUCCCAAAUCCCAAGUCCAGCCUCAACCAUAACGCCUCACCUCCAGCACCUCCUGCAGCCACAGGGGCAAGCUGAAGGUGGCCAGUCUCCCCCCUAACACUGCAUUUCAGCUGAGGAUAUCUCACCAUGGAUUUUUGGAACUGACAACAAUGAAAACAUGUAUCUGAUGGAAAUAAAGGUUUUGGCCCUGA